GGGGGAGUAUAAGGGGAGUAGGGAGUGAGUGUGAAUGAGAGAGUCUCUCUCGAGGGAGAGAGAGAAAGAGAGAGACAGAAUUUGUUGCGCUCCUCCUCCACCGCUCCAUGCUUCCAACGCUCUCCCUACAUAAGCUUGGACUCCAGGGACUCAGCUCUCUCUCUGUGUUCGGACAUCGCAGCUCCUCUGUUGUUGCCCUUCCUGCGGCAAUGGCGACAUCUCCUCUAUUCGGCUCCCACCACAUGCUCGUGGCACAUCAAGGCCCAGCUUCUGCUGUGCACUUUCUCAAGCAAUCUUCUCUCCUGACGCUUCAAUGCAGGAGAGGUGGGAGAGUCGAGGGAGGGGUUGUGGUGAAGGCGGUUUCCAACAUACAGAAUUACGUGUCAGAAGGAUCGUCGCUGGGCGAGGUUACCAAAGGAGACUUUCCUAUACUUGACCAGUAUGUAAACGGGUACAAGUUGGUGUACUUAGAUAAUGCUGCCACAUCUCAAAAGCCUGCGUCUGUCCUCAAUGCUUUGCGGGAUUAUUACGAGGGAUACAACUCAAAUGUUCAUCGCGGCGUGCAUGCUUUAAGUGCAAAAGCAACCGACGAAUACGAAGCAGCAAGAAAAAAGAUAGCUGGUUUCAUCAAUGCGCCCUCCGAUCGUGAGAUAGUGUUUACUCGUAAUGCGAGUGAGGCAAUCAAUCUUGUCGCAUAUACGUGGGGACUAACCAAUCUUAAAGAAGGUGACGAGGUUGUUCUGACAGUGGCUGAGCACCACAGCAACAUAGUACCUUGGCAGCUGGUUGCGCAGAAAACUGGGGCUAUUCUGAGAUUUGUAGAGUUGACAUCUGAAGAGAUUCUAGACUUGGAGCAGCUGAAUGGAUUUCUGAACGAAAGAACCAAAUUGGUUUCAAUCUUCCAUGUCUCCAACGUGUUGGGUUGCAUAAAUCCUGUAGAGGACAUUGUGAAAUGGGCACAUGCUGUCGGUGCAAAGGUUCUGGUGGAUGCUUGCCAAAGUGUGCCACACAUGCCUGUGGACGUGCAGGCUCUAGGUGAUUUUCUGGUGGCAUCAUCUCACAAGAUGUGUGGACCUACAGGCAUGGGCUUUCUAUGGGGAAAAACAGAAGUUCUCGAGUCGAUGCCACCAUUCUUAGGAGGAGGAGAGAUGAUUGUUGAUGUUUUCUGUGAUCGAUCAACCUAUGCUGGUCCUCCCUCACGGUUUGAAGCUGGUACACCUGCAAUCGGUGAAGCGGUUGGAUUUGGGGCAGCAGUGGACUACUUGAACAAGAUUGGAAUGGACCGCAUACAUGAAUAUGAGACAUUUAGAACCGAGAUUGACGGGGCUCAGCCUUGCAGAUGGAACUGUCCAAAUACCUGUACGAAAGUUUGUCGAAAGUUCCUGGUGUACGAAUUUAUGGACCCCCGCCAGGAGAUCAUGGUGAGAGACGCGCAUCUUUAUGCUCUUUCACUGUGGAGGGCAUUCAUGCUACAGAUUUAUCAACAUUUCUUGAUCAACAGCAUGGGAUUGCUGUCCGAUCUGGUCACCACUGCACGCAGCCUCUACAUCGUUUUCUGGGUAUUAGUGCAAGUGCUCGAGCGAGCUUGUACUUCUACAACACAACCGACGAAGUUGAUAGCUUCAUCCAGGGAUUAAAUGAUACAAUUGAUUUCUUCUCGUCAUUAAAAUGAUUCCAGUAAACACGAGCUGGAGUUUAUAACAAAUUAUUUAGUUUAAACGUAGAGAAUUUUAUAGUUGUAAGUUGCAACAAUCCUGCAAUAGGCCCCAAUACAAGUCCUCUUUUGUUUAGAUGCUAUGUGUGUAUAUGAUGUUUUUGCAUAUAGAGAGAUAUUUGCCCUUCAUUAAUUUGGAGCGUACAUUUACCCAGCUUGUUAAUCCUCAGAAAACAUUGUCUCACUACACAACAUUGUGUGUGGCAUGUGAAUACGGUUUUGCAAUAAAAAUCACUAAAUUAAAUAUAAAAAAAA